UGUUGACAGUUCAAGAAGCCAUGUGACGUGACGUUGGUGAAAUGCCGAUGGUGGUCGAUGGAGUUCAAGUGUUCGGAGAUGUUCCUCGAGGUGCUCACCGUCGUCGGCAAUUGCUGUCAAUUUGACAUCGCUCAUUUCAAACGUUUCGCUCCCACUAACACAAAGUUUGUACCCGGUAACACAAUUUCCCAAGGACUCGAGCUUACAGUAAACGGUGUCAAAGAAUAUGCAAAUGGAACUGUACGCGAUGGAGCAGUGUCGAUGUUCAUUUUCGACCCUAACAACAAGGCCACCGUGAUAGACAGCCCCAUAUCCCUUGCUUCAACCAGCUAUUUUGAAGUGGAAAUCGAGAUCUUUGCCAUCGAUUCCUCUCCAGAGGUCAAAGCCCUGCCUCUGAAAACCAGGAAAUGCUCCUUAAGUACAGACCAAGCCAUCGGAGCCAGUGUUUACCAAAAGUGCAUUUCAACACUGCUAAUGAGAACAAUCGCGAAUGCGUGCAAAUGUCUCCCAUUUCUUUGUUCAGCUGAAGACUUGUCCGUAGAAGACUACCCGACCUGUACUUGGGAGAGAUACUUAUGUAUAGUACCACAACAGGAAAUCACUUUUGCGGGCAUGCACUCCCUCAUUCGCAUGAACGACUGCUACCAGAGCUGCGACUACGUGGAGUACGACCCGAAAGUGGAGUUCGUACGAAAAAUGAAAAAUGCCAAGAACACAAACUACACCAAACUAGGUGUCCACUACGCAUCUAGGACCUGCAUGAAGUACAGGAGACAGAUCAUCUACACCUGGGACCAGAUGUUAGCUAACCUCGGUGGAAUAUUUGGCCUCUGCCUGGGCGGCUCAUUUAUAAGUCUCAUAGAAAUUGUAUGGUUCCUCGUAGACGUCCUCGUUACCACAAUUAACAGUUACAAAGCAAAAAAAAAAGAAAGUCAUACUUGUUAA